CUCUCUCCCUCACACACUUCUGCUGACAACUUCUCAAACUACAGACAACCAGGCACCCUCCACCUCACACCCAUGGCCUGCUACGACCGCUGCAGUCCCUGCGGACCCACCCCGCUGGCCAACAGCUGCAACGAGCCCUGUGCCCUGCAAUGCCAGGAUUCCCGUGUCAUCAUCGACCCUUCCCCUGUGCUGGUCACCCUGCCAGGACCCAUCAUGACCUCCUUCCCCCAGAACACCGCCGUCGGAUCCACCUCCUCUGCUGCUGUGGGCACUGAGCUCAGUGUGCAGGGACAGCCCAUCUCUGGUGGAUUUGGUGGCUUUGGUGGAUUUGGUGGCUUUGGCUAUGGCCAUGGCUAUGGCCAUGGAUUUGGCUAUGGCUGUGGAUUCGGCUACAGGCAGGGCUAUGGCUACGGGCUGGGCUAUGGCUAUGGCAGAAGGGGCUAUGGCUACAACUUCUAAGAGACCUCGGCACCACGCCUGACACCACCAGCACUGAGCUCUGGCAGCAGCUCCUACAAUCAAAGCACCUCAGCUGGUUGUUGUCCUACUUGCACCUCACACCAGAUCCCAUCUUCUCCUUUCUCCUGUCUCUUCAUUCUUGGCCUCAAUAAAGUUUUACUGC